AUGAAAACAAAUAGAGAUAAAUAAAUGAAUGAAAUGAGAUCAAAAAUUAAGUAAUCUCUAUUUACUAAAAAAGAAAUAAUAAGCAAAAAUGUAGAGAACUCUAAGAUUGUUAAAAGAUCAACAAGCAAUACUUAAUUAAAUAUUGAAUCCUAAGCUAAAACAAACUAGAAAUAAAAGCCUUGUAUUUAGAAUCGUUUUCAUGAUUUAUACUAAAUUGGUUCUAUCAUUGGUUAAGGUUCAAAUGGAAUUGUUAAAGUUUGCUACAAAAAAACUUCAUCAAGUUAACUCUUGAAUUUUGGUCAUAUUCCAACUAAAUAUGCUGUCAAAAUAAUACCUAAUGCUGAUGAUCCAGAAUUAAUAAACACUAUCACUUAAACUUUUAUUAUAAAUAGAGAAUUAAAUACAUUACCAUAAAUUAUAUAGGUUUUCGAUCUAUUUAUAGAUGAAAAUGAAAAAGUUGCAUACUUAGUUAUGGAAUAUUGUGAAUGGAAGAGUUUAGAAUAUUAUCUUGACAAAAACUAACUGACUAUUAAAUAAAUUAGAGAAAUUAUUAGAAAUUUAGCUAUAUCUCUUAAAUCUAUACAUAAUAAAGGAAUUUGUCAUAGAGAUAUUAAACCAGAUAAUAUUUUAGUGAAAUUAAGUGAUCAAACUGAAAUUAAAAUUAUUGAUUUUGGUGUAUCCAAAAAGUUUUUUAAGAAAAAUAAAAAUGGUAUCAUCAUACAUGAAAUGUGGACAAGAACAGGCACUAUUUUAUUUUAAGCACCUGAAAUCUUUUUAUGUGGAAUUUAUAAUGAAAAAAGUAAAUAAUUAAUAUUUAAUUUAUAGUUGAUAUUUGGUCAUGUGGAAUUAUUUUAUAUCAAUUAUUAUGUCAUAAAUUUCCAUUCUUGGCUGAUACAAUAAUAGAUACUAUUGAAAUUAUUACUAAUCCAAAUUAUAAUCCUUGGAGAUAAUAAGAAUUUUUAGAUUUACAUUAUUUACAAUAAGAUUUAUUAAAACGUACACUCACCAAGAAUCCUAAAAAUCGAUUAUCAGCAGAAGAGUUAUUGUUACAUCCAUGGAUUUCCAUGAAAACUAAUUAAUACGAUAAAACUAUGGAUGAUACAUAAAUAUCAAAAAAAAAAUCUAAACUUCGUGAUUUUAAAAUUGCAACCUGUCUCUAAUUAAGUGAUAUCUAUAAUCCUUAUAAAAACUCAAGUCCGUUAUAUUUAAAUCCAAUGCAAAACGGUAACUCUAUUAAUGACAACAAUAAUAUGAAUCAUGUUUACUUUAAUAAUAAUAAUAAUAAUAAUAAUAAUAAGAAUAAGUUUGACUAUGGAAAUUUUAAGAUUAAUGAUUUUAUUGUUAGAAGUAAGUAAAUUUUGAGUGGGAAGAGUAGUUUUUUAUUUGCAAUAGAGAGUUCUUAAGAUAAUUCACCAAAAAUGAAUAUUUAAUAAUCCGAAUUAUAUUUAGAUGAUAAAUAAUCAGAUGAAGUAUUACAAUAUAGAUUAGAAUCUAGAUUUUUAGAUUAUGAGUGCUAACAUAGAAAAUUUUCGAAAUGA